CAAAAUUAAAGACCUGAACAGAGUAACCGUCAUAUAUUUUGUUGUGAACAAGCAAGAAACAGGCGUACAUUAUAGCUUUAAAGACCUACGUAAGUAUAAAAGUUUGCGCACUAAAGAUGUAGUAGUAAUGGACUUCAACGGGAAAACCUUGAGAGAACAAAUAUGGACAAUCGGGACUGUUCCGAAACAGAUAAACGACAGUGCUCUACAACAUCUUAAUGAGAGAAUAGAGUCGCAUAAAAUAAAACUGGGGGAAUGGUCUGUCAAUGUCUUCUUUGAUGACAGUUUGGUAGUUGUCCAACAACUAAUAGGAGAGUUAAAAGAAAACAUUUCAAGCUCGAUUAAUUUUCAAGAGCCACAGCCUGUUGAACAAUUGGAAAAUAAAACGUUAACACCGACCUUGGUUAUUGCUACCGGAGAUGUUAAUGUCUGUCAGGAAAAACUUAAAGAAAAAGACUGUAAGACAGUUAUACUUUUGAACAUAAUUGAACAAGAAGCUAUGGUAUCUGCUAAGAAUGACGAUCAAGCAUUGAACAUUUGGAGGGUAAUGCAUCAGCAUGGAAACUUUUAUUUUAAAAUUGAUUUCAAGAAAAAGUUUGAAAGCUUUGUACGCAUAAACACCAGUUUCAGUUAAAAGGUUUCACCCGUUUAAAGAGAAAUGUUUUGUCUUUAAUAUCUAUCAAAUAUAACGAUAAUAGAUUAUUGCAAUCAAAAUAGGAAGCAAACAUCGCUGCAAUGUUUCCCCGUUAGUUAUAACUGUAUUGUUUGCAACUUUAUAUCAUGGAUGUAACUUGAAAAUUGAUUUUUUACAAAAGGCAUAGUUUUCGAUACUGUAUCAGAUCGUUUUUGUGUAUAUUCACGGGCUUAUUUGAUAUAAUCACAUUUGGUUUUGUGUGAAAUUCAGAAGUACUAGAAAAUAUUUCCUACUUGGCAAGAAAUGUUGACAUUCAAAUUGGUAAUGAUAUUCAUCUCCGAUCCAUUUUACUCAUGAAAUACAAAAUCUAGAAUUAUAUCUAUUGCAUAACAGGUUUUGUUUCAAUCUUGUGAUUUCUGUGUCUUAAUUUUUGUCGCAAACUUAAAUUUUGAUGGCGUUUUCAUUAGUAUUUAUCAAACUUGAUUUCGCUUUUGAACAUUUUAUAAAUUUGACAUUUACUUGAAUUGUUUAAAAAUAAAUACAGCUUUUACAUAAUAGUAGCUGAAAACCAUGUGUGGUAAACAAAGCCUUGAUAAUAUGUUGUGAAAUAUAUUUUGAUAUGUUUCAUCCAUUCCAACGCGUAAUGGCAGAGGAUUUACUUGCUUUACAACGAUUUUGCAAGAACUAGAACAUAUUCAAUUGUACCAUUUUUUCUACGAUAAAUUAGCAUCUGCCAGUGAACAUGCUGAAAAUUGCAAGGCUUUAUAUUUCUCAUCGAUUUGUGUAAAUUCAUUGAUUCUUAUUAGUCAUUUUUAGGGAUUCUUAUUAAUCAUUUUAGGACUGUAUUAGUAUUUAAGUCAUCUCAUACUACAAAUUGAAGAACAAAGUAUAUAGUUUUCAUAAUUUUAUUUAUCAUAUCACUUUAUGUAUAACCAAGAAAAAAAACUUUAAAACUUUGUAAAAUGUAAUUCCUUUUAUUGUCACUGAUUCUAAAAUUGAAUUCAUUUUUCUUUAACAGUUUAUUCUAGCACUUUUCGUUUCGUUCUCACUGUUCAACAAUGUGCUACAGCAUAUAUACCGUCUAAUACAAAAUUUUAAAUCGGUUCAAAAAUACAUAAAUGUUUGUAUUGUUUAAAACUGAUUUUGAGAAAAUUCCCUGAGUUUUAUUUAUUAUAGGCAUUGGCAAAAGGAGGGUUUUGUUGUACGAAAUAUACUAAUAUAAAAAUUUGCAAUACAUACAAUUUACUUAUUUUUUUUAUAAAUCAUUUUAGUUUACUAUUAAUUGUCAUUGAUUAUAACCUGAUGACCUACUUUUGUAAUUUGUGCAACACUGAUAAUGU